AUGUGCAGAGAAGUGCUCAUAGGACGCUCUGAAUUGCCCCAAGAUGACAAAGCAGAUCUCCUGCUUAUUGAAAGCCAUCUAGCAUUUGCAGUCUGCAGGCAAGGUCAAUAUGCAGAGGCAGAGCAGAUGAAUCGAAGAGUUUUGGAAGCACAGAGGACAGUACUUGGAGAUAAACAUCCAGACACUUUACAUACUGAGCAUAACUUGGCUGUCACAUGUAAUAUGCAGCGUCGGUAUGCAGAGGCGGAGGAGUUGUAUCGAAAAGUGUUAGCAGCACGGAAGAUAGUCCUCGGAGAUGAGCAUCCAAGUACUUUGUCGACCGAGUAUGAAUUGGCACUCACAGUCGGUAAUCAGGGCCGGUCUGCGGAAGCAGAGGAACUGUUUCGAAGAGUGUUGGGAACACAGAGGGUGGUUCUCGGAUAUAGGCAUCCGGACACCUUGCUCGCCGAGCAUCAUUUGGCUACCAUAGUGGAUGAUCAGGGUCGGCGUGUGGAGGCAGAGGCAUUGUAUCGGAAAGUGUUAGCAGCACGGAGUGCAGUUCUUGGAGAUGAACAUCCAGACACUUUGCACACCGAGCACAAAUUAGCUGACAUGAUCAAUAAUAAGGGUCGACAUGUGGAGGCAGAGAUGCUGUAUCGAAUAGUGUUGGCAGCACAGAGGGCAGUUCUUGGAGACAAACAUCCAGACAUUUGGCACAUCGAGCAUAAAUUGGCCGACAUGGUCAAUGCUCAGGGUCGGUCUGCAGAGGCAGAGAAGUUAUAUCAUAGAGUGUUAGCAGCACGAAAGACAGCUCUCGGAGACAAGCAUCUGGACACUUUGAGCACUGAGCAUCACUUGGCUGUCACAGUCGAUAAGCAGGGCCGGCAUGAGGAGGCAAACAAAUUGUAUCGAAGAGUGUUGGAAACACGGAGAACAAGCCUUGGAGAUGAGCAUCCAGACACUUUGCACACCAAGCAUAACUUGGCUGUCACACUUGAUAAGCAGGGUCGGUAUGAGGAGGCAGAGGAGUUGUUUCGAAUAGUGUUGGAGGCAAGGAGGGAAGCACUUGGAGACAAAAAUCUAGACACUUCGCAUACCGAGCAUGACUUGGCUGUCAUGUUUGGUACUCAGGGAAGGCAUGCGGAGGCAGAAGAGCUGUUGCGAAGAGUGCUGGUGGCACAGCGGACAGCUCUCGGAGCUGAGCAUUUGGACACUUUGUGCACCGAGCAUAACUUGGCAAACAUGGUCUACAAGCAGGGUCGGUGUGUGGAGGCAGAGGAGUUGUAUCGAAAAGUUUUGGCGGGGCGGAGGACAGUCCUCGGAGGUAAGCAUCCGAAUACUUUGCUGACCAACUAUAACUUGGCUAUCGCGGUCGAGAGCCAGGGUCGGUAUGCGGAGGCAGAGGAGCUGUAUCGAGUAGUGGUGGAAACACGGAGGACAGUCCUCGGAGACCUUCAUCCAGACACUUUGCUCGCCAGACAUAACUUGGCUGUCACACUUGGUACUCAGGGGCGGCACGCAGAAGCAGAACUGCGCUUUCGAAACGUGUUAGUGGCACAGAGGAGAGUUCUCGGAGAUCAGCAUCUGGACACUUUGCUCACAGAGCAUUUUUUGGCUGCCAUGGUCAAUGAUCAGGGUCGGUAUGCAGAGGCAGAGGAGUUGUAUCAAAAUGUGUUAGUGGCGCGGAGAACCAUUCUUGGAGACAAGCAUCCAAAGACCUUGGUCACUGAGCAUGACUUGGCACUUGCAGUCAGUAAUCAGGGUCGGUAUGCGGAGGCAGAGAAGAUGUGUCGAAGAGUGUUGGCGGUGCGGAGGACAGUUCUCGGAGAGGAGCAUCCGGACACUUUGGAUACCGAGUAUGGCUUGGUGGUCGCAAUUCAUGGUCAAGACCGGUAUCAGGAGGCGGAGGAGCUAUAUAAGAAGGUGCUGGUGUUACAAAGGAACGUACUGGGAGAAGAGCACCAAGACACCUUACGAACCGAACGGGACCUAACUAACGCCGCUGCACGACGGACCCUACAUGGGAAGUAG